UCAUCUCACUUUUUUGGGGAAAAAAUGGUAAAUGAAUGCUUGAUCAUAGCAGAAAUUGCACAUCUGCGUUUGACUCGCUACAGAAAUAAGAAGAAAAUGUGGAUCUUUCUUUUCUCCCUAUGUGGUCAUAGAAGGAACGCCAAUGGAAAUGGCCAAUCAAUAGUUGCUUCUGCAGUUCUACCUGAAAGGUCUUCAUGUCUGCUUGCUUAUCAGAGACAAAUUUUCCGAUCUCUCACCUACCAAGGACUAGGUGAGUUGCCACUCUGCUCCGAGGGACGAGAUGCAUGCCAUGAUCUCCUUCCUUGUACUGCUUCUCUUUCAUCGCCAUGGCGUCAGCCAUGCAGCGGUGGCAGCUGCUGCCAGCGGCGGCGGUGGCGCCCAGUUCAUCUACAACGGCUUCUCCGGCGCGCGGCUCGACCUCGACGGCAUGGCCCUGGUCGAGCCAGACGGCAAGCUCAUGCUGACCAACGUCACGUCCCAACUGAAGGGCCACGCGUUCCACCCGGCGGCAUUCCGCUUCCACGACGACGACAGGACGCCCAACGGCACCGCCCGGUCGUUCUCGACGGCCUUCGUGUUCGCCAUCGUCUCCGACUACGUGACGGUGAGCGGCAACGGGUUGGCCUUCUUCGUCAUGCCGAGCAAGAACCUGUCCGCAGCGUCGCCGAGCCAGUUCCUCGGCCUCUUCAACAGCCAGAACAACGGCAACGCGAGCAACAACGCCUUCGCCGUCGAGCUCGACACCAUCCUCAACUCGGAGUUCCGGGACAUCAACAGCAACCACGUCGGUGUCGACGUGAACGGCCUGGUGUCCAUCGCCGCCGAGCCCGCGGGGUACUACGCCGAAGACGACACGGGGGGCUUCAGGAACCUGUCCCUCUUCAGCGGCGACGCGAUGCAGGUGUGGGUGGACUAUGACGGCCGGGCCACGGUGCUCAACGUGACGCUGGCGCCCGCGGAGGCGCCCAAGCCCAGGAAGCCUCUCAUAUCCGUCGCCGUCGACCUCUCGCCGGUUGUGAGCGACACGGCGUACGUCGGCCUCUCGUCGUCGACGGGCCCGUACCAAACGCGCCACUACGUCCUCGGCUGGAGCUUCGCCCUGGACGGCGCCGCGCCGCCGCUCGACUACGCGAUGCUCCCCAAGAUGACGCGCGUCGUCACCAAGCGACGAUCCAAGGCGCUCUACGUGGUCCUGCCCGUAGCCAUGCCGCUCCUUGCGCUAGCAGUGGUCGCCGGCGUGUCCCAGCUCGCGUGGCGGCGGUUCCGGUACGCCGAGCUCCGGGAAGACUGGGAGGUGGAGUUCGGGCCGCACCGGUUCGCGUACAAGGACCUGUUCCACGCCACCGACGGCUUCGACGGCAAGCACCUCCUCGGCGUCGGGGGCUUCGGCAGGGUGUACAAGGGCGUGUUGCCAUCGUCCAAGACGGAGGUCGCCGUCAAGAUCGUGUCGCACGACGCGAGCCAAGGGAUGAAGCAGUUUAUCGCCGAGGUCGCCAGCAUCGGCCGCCUCCGGCAGCGCAACGUCGUGCAGCUGCUCGGCUACUGCCGACGCAAAGGCGAGCUCCUCCUGGUCUACGACUACAUGCCGAACGGCAGCCUCGACAGGUGGCUGUACGAUCACGACGCGCCGCCCCUGAGCUGGGCGCAGAGACUCCGCGCCAUCAGGGGUGUCGCGUCCGGCCUGCUCUACCUCCACGAGGACUGGGAGCAGGUGGUCAUCCACCGCGACAUCAAGGCGAGCAACGUGCUUCUCGACGGCGAGAUGAACGCGCGGCUCGGCGACUUCGGGCUCGCGAGGCUGUACGACCGCAGCGCUGGCCCGCAGAUCACGCACGUGGUGGGCACCAUGGGUUACCUCGCGCCGGAGCUCGCGCACACCCGGCGCGUGACGCCGGCCACCGACGUGUUCGCGUUCGGCUCGUUCGUGCUCGAGGUGGCCUGCGGCCGGCGGCCGAUCAAGCACGACGCCGAAGACGGUGACGGCUGGUUCGUGCUGGUGGACUGGGUGCUGGAGCUCUGGCGCAAGGACGCUCUCGUCGACGCCGCGGACGCGCGGCUCUGCGGAGACUACCCCGCCGACGAGAUGACGCUGGCGCUGAAGCUGGGCCUGCUGUGCUCCCACCCGGCGCCCGCCGCGCGGCCGUCGAUGCGGCAGGUGAUGCAGUACCUCGACGGCGACACGCUGCUGCCCGAGCUGCCGUCGUCGUACCAGAGCUUCACCGUGCUCGCCAUGAUGCAGAACGAGGGCUUCGACUCCUACGACGUGUCGUACGCAUCGUCGACGGCGACGGGGACGAGCGUGGGCGCCGCGUCCUCCAUCCAUUCCGGAGGAAGAUGAUUAAAGCGGCCACGCGUAAUCACAUUUCGUUAUGCCUGGUAGUAUCGUAAAAUCAUUUUGAAAGAAGGAUCAAAUUUGGCAGGAAUUUCAGAUUUAGGAAUCAUGAUUUGAGCAAGAACGCACAUUUCUUACCCUCCAGCAGAAAAGGGUCUAAUCAUACUUCACAUACGUCGAGCUGUAUGAGCUGUAAUUAAACCCCUAUGCUAAGAUAGCUUGGGAAUUAUCAUAGAUCGAGAUUUAGUGCUA